AUGACUGUACAACACAGUUCAUUGUCAGUAUCCAGUGCACGUGGUAACGAUGCAGACCACGGAGUUCUCUUAUCACAGAAGGUGUUUACCAGAAAGGAUUUUGUUCCGACUCUAUUCAUCGGCAAAGAAGGAAAGAACAUAAAAAGACUCAAAGAAUUGUGUGGGCGUGAAUUCAAAAUAACAAUGAAGGAUCGCCAUAUACUCGUAUCUGGAACUGAUGCUGAAGGGGUGAAGCGUUCGGUAGAAAAGGUAACGCAAGAAGUACAACGGAUUGAAAUGUUGCCAAAAGUAAAGGUGUUGACAGAUGAGGAUGCUGGUGUUCAUAGAAUGAUUUUCGGAAGAGUCUUUGGGAAAAAAGGAAAGAACAUUGAACGAUUAAAAUCAGAGACAGAUAUCGAUUUUCAUAUCAUUAACGAGGAGGUUGGGUGUAUAGUUGUCCGUGCCGUUAGGGAUGAUUUUGAAGACGUGAAGAUAGCGGAAGAAAUGAUAAAGCAGGAGGUACAAAGAGCUAAGAAUCAGGUCGUUCCACAAUUCACAGAAAAUGUGUUGACAGAUGAGGAUGCUGAUGUUCACAAUCAGAUUUGUAGAAGGAUCAUUGGAGAUGCAGGAGAAAACAUGAAACAGUUGAUGUCAGAGCUUGGACCUAAUAUCAAAAUAGACCUCCACAAAUUUGGUCGUAUAGUUGUCUCUGGGACUGAUGCAGAAAUGUUGAUAAGAGCAGUUGGAAAAUUAAAACAGAAGGUCCUUACAGCUAGGAACAUCUUUGUUAAUCCCUUUACAGGAAAGGUGUUGACAGAUGAGGAUGCUGAUGUUCACAGUCAGAUUUGUAGACGGAUCAUUGGAAAAGGAGGACAAAGCAUUAAAUAUUUGUUAUCAAAGCUUGGACCUAAUAUUAAUGUGACCUUUAAAGCUGGUCAGAUAUUUGUCUCAGGAUCGGAUGCUGAAGAGGUGCAGAGAGCUGUUGAGAUAUUGAAACAUGAGGUCCAAAAUGUUAAGGAUGGGGUUGUUCCACUACCCUUCACAGGAAAGGUUUUGACACAUAAGGAUGCCGAUUUUCACAGGAAAAUUUGUGGAAGGAUCAUUGGAAAAAGAGGAGAGAACAUUGAACAGUUGACAGCAGAGCUAGGGUCUUAUAUUGAAAUGGAAUCAAAAACAAUUGGACAUAUAGUUGUUGGUGGGAUUGAUGCUAAAGUUGUGGAGACCGCAGUUGAAAUAUUGAAACAUGAGGUCCUUAGAGCGAAGAGUGAGGUCUUUCCACAAUUUGCAGAAAAGGUGUUGACAAGUGAGGAGGCUGAUGUUCACAGUCAGAUUUGUAGAAUGAUCAUUGGAAAAGGAGGAGAGAACAUGAAACAGUUGACUAAAGAACUUGGGCCUUAUGUCAAUGUGGACCUAAGACAACUUGGUCAUAUAGAUGUCUCUGGGAAUGAUGCAGGAGAGGUGGAAAGAGCAAUUGAAAAAUUAAAACAGGAGGUCAAAAGAGCUAUAAACAUCAUUGUUUAUCCCUUUAAAGGAAAAGUGUUGACGGAUGAGAGUGCUAAUUUUCACUUUGAGAUUUGUGGAAAGAUCUUUGGAAGAGAAGGAGAGAACAUUAACCAGAUGACAUUAGAGCUAGGGUCUAAUAUAAGGGUGAACACCUCAACAGCUGGUCAUAUGGUUGUCGCUGGGACAAAUGCCGGAGUGGUGGAGAGAGCAGUUGAAAUAUUGAAACAGGAGGUCCAAAAUAUUAAGAAUAAAGCUGUUAUACCAUCCUUCACAGAAAAGGUGUUGACACAUAAGGAUGUUGAAAAACAUAAAAAGAUUUGUGGAAAGAUCAUUGGAAAAGGAGGACAAAACAUUAAAUAUUUGUUACCAAAGCUCGGGCCUAAUAUAAGGUUGGACACAAUAACAGAUGGACAUAUAGUUGUCUCUGGAACUGAUGCUGAAGAGAUAGAGAAAGCAGUUGAAAUAUUGAAACAGGAGGUCCAAAACAUCGAGGAUGAGGAUGAUGCACUACCCUUCAGAGGAAAGGUUUCGACAGAUGAGGAUACUGAUGUUCACAAUAAGCUUUGUGGAAAGAUCUUUGGAAAAGAAGGAGAGAACAUUAACCAGUUGACAUCAGAGCUAGGGUCUAGUAUAAGGGUGCACAGCCCAACAGCUGGUCAUAUAGUUGUCGCUGGGAGAAAUGCCGGAGAGGUGGAGAGAGCAGUUGAAAUAUUGAAACAGGAGGUACAAAACAUCAAGGAUGAGGAUGAUGCACUACCCUUCACAGGAAAGGUUUUGACAGAUGAGGAUGCUGAUUUUCACCGGGAUAUUUGUAGAAGGAUCAUUGGAAAAGGAGGAGAGAACAUUAAACAGUUGACAGCAGAGCUAGGGCCUAGUAUUAGGUUGCAAAUCCAAAAAUUCGGUCAUAUACUUGUCUCGGGGACGGAUGCUGAAAAAGUGGAGAGAGCAGUUGAAAUAUUGAAACAGGAGGUCCAGAGGGGAUAUAAUAAGUUAGGACCCUUCACAGAAGAGGUGUUCACAAUUGAGGAUGCUGAAAAACACUCAAGGAUUUGUAGAAUAAUAAUUGGAAAAGGAGGACAUAAAAUUAAAAAUUUGAAAGCAGAGCUGGGGUCUGAUAUUGACUUAACACCCAUAAAAAAUGGUUACAUAGUUGUGUCUGGGACUAAUGCUGAAAUGGUGGGGAAAGCAGCAGAAAAAAUAAAACUGGAGGUCCAAAGAGUUAAGAAAAUGGUUGUUGAAUCCUUCACUGAAAAGGUGACAACAAAUGAGGAUGGUGAUAUUCACGCUAAGAUUUGUGGAAGGCUCAUUGGGAAAGGAGGAUGUAAUCUUCAACUUAUGAAAUUGAAUUCAGGGCUCAAUUUUCACAUAGAUGUUCCAGACAUUUCGAAAACUCCAUACGUAUAUGUCUAUGCAAGUAGCAUGCAAGUGUUAGAGAAAGCUGUAGAGGUAGUAAAACACCGGAUAGAAACAGUUCGAAAAGAGAUAAUAUUAGAUUCAUGCAAGAGUUUGUAUGAGGAUUGGCACAUGAAGACAGAAAACAGUUGA